CUCUGCGGGGCCCCAGGAUGGCCUCCCGCCUUCUGCACCGGCUGCGGCACGCGCUGGCCGGGAGCGGGAGCGGGGAGGCGGAGGGGCCGGCCGGGGGCUGCGCCGGGACCGAGGACUGUCCGGAAAGCUCGGAGCUGGACGACGACACGGAGGGCCUGGCCACGCGCCUCAGCGGCACCCUCAGCUUCAGCAGCAAUGAAGAGGAGGAGGAGGAGGAGGAGGGAGCCCGGCUCGGGGGCGCCGGAGGGAAGCUGGAGGCUCUCUUGGAUCUGGACCUGCCCGGAGAUGCGGCGGAGAUCGCAGAGUCUGGCUCCCCCCUGGCGGAGCAACGGGGCAGCCACCUGCUCACCCGCCAGUUGCAGGAGUUCUGGCGGAAAUCGCGGGGAAGCUUCGUGCCCCAACGGCUCCUGUUCGAGGUCACCAGUGCCAGCGUGGUCAGUGAGCGCAACUCCAAGCAUGUGCUCUACACCAUCUACCUGAUCAGGGCAGGGAAAUUUGACCACACGCCUGCCACUGUUGCCCGCUGCUACUCCGACUUUGAACGGCUGAACCGACGUCUGCGCCACCACUUCAGCAGAGACAUGGCAGGGGUCCCUUUCCCCAGGAAGCAACUGUGGCACAACUUCACCCCCGCGACAAUCGCCAAGCGCAGCCGAGCGUUCGAACAGUUUCUCUCCCGCCUGCACGCCUCGCCCGAGAUCCGCCGCUCGGCCGCCUUCCUGGAAUUCUUCUUCCUGGACAGCCUGCAGCGGGCGCAGGGUUUGACCGGCAGGGGCCUCUACCCCCAGGCCUUGGCUGCCUGGAUGACGUCACAGCGGCUGCAGGAGAAAUUGGGCGCCUGCCGCUCAGGGCAUUUCUUGCUGACGCUGGCCGGUCUGACUGUCUGCCAUCAAGAGCUGCAGCAGUGGGGAGAGGCCCACGAGGCCUGCCAGCAGGCCCUGCAGCAGUUGGAGGGCCAGGAGAGCCACCCCCUCCUGGCUGCCCUCCUGCAGACCCACGUCCACCUGGCCUGGGUGCUGGGCAAGGACAAGCAGCAGGCGGAGACCCGUCUGCAGGAAUCAGGGGUGGGCAAACAGCCAGCACCCCCUUUGAAGGAGCUGCUGCUCAAACAGACGCUGCCCUGAGGAACUGCCAGGAAGUGGGGACACCAGAUGAGAAGCAGAGGGGUGUCCGCGAGGCCAGCAGCAAGAGUCAGUGCCACCUUACUCCUGUGAGCUCUGCGUCUCUGCUUGCCCAGCAGCCGGGCAAAGCCGGCUGGCCUGUUCAGAAGAGCUUCUGGGACGCAGACCCACAAUCCCCCAAAUCCUUCCAGGAAAGUAAGGUGAUGACAACAGCUGUGCUGGGGUGACAAGCAUCUGCAGGGCUGGCUGGCAGAGGGGUGGCGGAAGGCCCUCCUGAGAGGCUCCCACACAGGCUGUUCUCGCUAGAUUGGGGGAGGCCAUUAGGCACUGCCAAAGGCGGGACUCCUGGCCGCAG